GCGAAGUUCAAGGACGCCAAAAUUUCGCUAAGUAAGGAUUUAUUUAUUUAGCUGCUUCUUAAACAUUGAAAAUAAACGCAUCUUCCAUUUUCAUGACAAGAAGAUAAAUGAAAUAAUUGUAUUCUGUUGCAGAAUGGAUGAGAGUGGUAUUGAAGCAACACAAGCCCUGGACUUUGGAGACUAUGAGGAUGACAUUACUGAUGAUGAGCCUGAUGAAAGCACCCCUGUUGCAUAUUUGAAUGUUGCAUGUCAGAAAGGCUUCCCUGGAAAAGUCUUCCCAGUAUAUGAAGGAGACAAUGUGAUUGGUCGAGGUGAAGAAUGUAAAAUUUCUGUACCUAUGAAGGCUUUGUCGCGGGAACAUGCAUGUAUUGAGGUGAAAGGAGAUUCUCAUUUCAUCUAUGAUAAAGGUAGCAGAAAUCGGACUAGAAGAAAUAAGCAUUUUUUGGCAGCUUCUGUUAGGUAUGAGUUAAAAAACAAGGACAAGCUAAUAUUUGGAGAUGUGGAAUCUGAAUACCAAAUUGGCUCUCAGGCAGCUGAUGAUGGUGAUGAGACUGGUUCAGAAUCCAUGUUUCAAACUGCUCCAGAUGAUGAGGAGCUUGAUAAUUCAGUAGAAACAAAUGAAAGGACCGAGGACAAGCCUCCAGAUGAGGAGGACUAUGCUAGUGAUGCAAGCAGUGAUAUUUUAGAACCAACCCAGCCUUUUGCAGGGAACACUCAGUCCAUGUUGGGGAAUAGAGUGCAUAAUGGCAACUCCACAUUGGCUCAGAAUAUAACAGUGAAAGAUACACCUGCAGCACAUAAAACUAAACGCUUUACUGAGGAUAUAGUGUUACCUGAAUCUGACUCCGAUACUGAUGGUGAAAGAUCUACAAAACCACCUGCUACACUUGCUAUUGUUGCUGACAGUCAAGAUGAUGAGGAUGAGGAUGAUAAUGUCAAGUCAAAAAUGAUGGGUGCGGCCACUCAAGCUUACGUUUGUGAAAGUGAUGUAACUACAGAUGAGGAAGACAGCAUUGUGAGUAAGAAAUCCCUUCUAUCUGCCCCAACACAAGCUUUUCUUGAUGAUGAUGUAAGUACCUGUAGUGAAGACUCUCCACAAAAGAGGUCACUUUUGACUGCAGCUACCCAAGCAUUUGUUGCUGAUAGUGAUGAUGAUAAGACGCCGUCUAAGAAGAGACAAGCAAAGAUAGCACCCACAGUUGCCUAUGAUAUGGAUGAGGGUAUUGAACCAACACAGGGCUAUGACAUGGAUGAAGAAACUGAUGAUGAAAAGCAAGAAAAAGAGGAGGAAGAACAGAAGAGCAGUGGUAUCUUGUUUGAACCAACACAGGCUUAUUUAGGAAGUAAAGCUCCAGAUGAUCAGGAUAAUGUUGAUGAUGCCAAGUCUGAUACAUCAGAAGAGUUUGUGCUGGAAGGUGAUACUGAUGCUGAAGACAGUAACGAUGAUGGAGAAAUACUUGCUGCACCUACACUAGCUUGUGAUGUUCCUGACGAAGAGGAAGGUGAAACACAGGUUGUAUCUACGGAAGAGCCGACUCAAGUUAUUGGUGGAAAAGCUGAAGAUGAUGCAACAGUUGCUGUUGGUGAAGAGGCUACUCAAGUGUUUGAUGAACCAGAGACAAAGAAAGCAGGAAGGAAUAGAAAAGUUAAGGCUGAUGAAACAGUACCUGUUUGUGAGGCAGAAACACAAGUCUUUCAGGGAAAUGAAGACAGCGACAUUAAACCACAUGUUUCAAAUGAUGAUGCCACACAAGUAUUUGAUGAAGAUACAAAGGGCAGAAAAGAGCAGAGAAAAUCUGCUGAAUCAAAUGUUGCAGAGACACAGGUGUUUGAUGAAAAUGCUACUCAAGUUUUUGACAAUGACCAUGACACUAAAUCUGUGCAAAAAAAUAAAAUGAAGAAUGAGCAGACUGCAGAAACUCAAGUUUUUAAUGUUGAUGCUACACAGUGUUUUGAUGAUAGAAAUGAUGAGAACAUUAAAGAUACCAAUGAAGUAGAGACCCAAGUAUUUGAUGAACCACUUAAAAUUAAAACUGGUAAAAAGGCAGAUACUUCAGAAUGUGAAGAAAUGGCCACACAAGUAUUUGAUAAAGAUGAUGGUGUUAGUGAUGGUGAAGGGCAAACAUUUGAUAUAACUGCAGCAUCAACACUUGCCUUUAAUGAGGAAGCGGCUGAAGAGUCAGAGACGGAGGAAGUUGAUGCUGUUGCUGGAGGAGAUGAUGCAACACAAGUCUUUGAUGGAGCAGAUUCAACGGUUGCUGUCAGUGAUGACCAAACUUUUCCAGUGGAAUCAGAAACUACACAAAACAAAUCUAGAAGAGGAAGAGCAAAGCAAUGUAAGGUUGAUGAAACAGUUGCAGUUACUGAUGAUGCUACACAAGUAUUUGAAGAUAAACCUGUCCAGACCAAGGCUGUUAAAGGGAGAAAAAAGCAGGGAGCAACAACUAAUGAUACAAUUGCAGUUUCUGAUGAUGCAACACAAGUGUUUGAUGAGACAGUCGCUGUCGAAGAAGUUGAAAGUAAGUCAAAGUCUGGUAGCAGGAAGAGGGGGAAGAAAAAAGAACAUACUGCUAAAGAGGAAAACAAUGAUGAUGCUACACAAGUGUUUGAUGAGACAGUUGCUAUAGGUGGUGAUGAUCAAACAGUUGCUGUAGAAGAUAUUGAAAGUAAAACUAAGUUGGGCAGUAAAAGGCAGGGUAAGAAAAAAGAACAUGUUGUUAAACAGGACAACAAUGAAGAUGCUACACAAGUUUUUGAUGAAACAGUAGCAGUUGAAGAAAUUGACAAGCAUCAGGGUAAAGGAAAAUCACAUACUGGGAAAACUUUUGAACAUGAUGAUGCUACUCAGGUAUUUGAAGAAAAUUCUGAUACAAGUGAAAGCGGGAAGCAGAAAAGAAAGUCAGUUAAAGGUAAAUCUACACAUGGAAAUGAAACAGAACAGGCUACUCAAAUCUUUGAAGAAACUUUACAAGUGGCCAAAAGCAAGGAGUCUGAAAAGAAAAUUUUAAAGAAUAAAGCAAAUGUUAGGACCAGAAAGAAAGUACAAGAAGAACCUACACAAAUUAUUGAUGAUACAGUGCCAGUUUCAGAAGAAAUGGAAAUAAAUUUUGAAGACACAGAAAAUGAAAAUGCAGAAUGUUGUAAAACUGAGGAAGCAACACAGGUUUUUGAAAAGGGCACUGAUACCGAAAGUGAAGAAAAGGAAGUACCAGUUGAAACUAAAGGUAAAAGAACAAGAGGUAAUAGACAGGCAAACAAUAAGAAUGUGAAAGAAAAUGUAGCAAAGACAAAUGUGAACAAACAAUCAGAAAUUUUAGAAUCUUGUGAAAAGGCUAAUGAUGUUGCUUCCACAAAUGUUAGAAAAAGUAGCAGGACUAGAGGCAAAGCAACUUUUACUAAAAAAGAUGAAGUAGUGACAGAAAAGUCUAGUAAAACAGUCAGGACAAAAAGUAAAAAAGGAGAACUUGCUGAGGAAAGUAAAGGAUCUGAUCAGGAUGAGGGUAAAGGAAGGAAAGCAGGCAAGGGAAAGAGAAAAGAAGAGCCUGAAUUUGAACCAGCUACACAAAUAUAUGCAGACAGUGAGUCCUCUGAUGGGAUAGCUACACAGAGGUAUGGAGAGGCAGAGGAUGAGGUAGCUACACAGAGAUAUGGAGAGGUAGGGGAUGAGGUAGCCACACAGAGGUAUGGAGAGGUAGAAGAUGAUGAUCUCACUCCUGAUAUUAAUGAGAUUGAGGAUGAGAAGAUUGAUGAAGUCCCAGUUGUUAAAGUUGAUCCAUCACGUGGAAGAUCUCCCCUUAAAUCCGCUAUAGCAAGUCCCAAAAAGAAGAAAAGUCCCUCCCCAAAGAAAGUCCAGUUUGUGUCCCAGCAGAAUUCAGAAUCCAGUUCAGAGUCAGGAGAGACAUCAAGGAGAUCUAGGAGAGGAAAAGGAGUUGGAAAGUUAGAACUAGAAACAGAUCCUGUUUCAGAGGAAGGCAAAGAACAGGGAAGAAAAGGUAUAAAAACAGCUGCAGUGCCACAAACUAAGAGACUUACCAGACAAAAACAUGUGAACACUGAGGAAAAUAUUGAAACUGAAAAUAAUGACCUCACUUCAGAGAAAUUAGAGGAAAAUCAGAUGACAGAUGAUAAUGUUGAGCAUAGAACUGUUCUAAAUAAAAGACAGACAAGGGGAAAGAAAGUAAACACUGAAAAGAAUUCAGAAAACGAAAGUGAUUCUAAAGUUAAGAAUGAGUCAGUUGAAAGUGAUUCUAAGAGUAAGGAUGAGGUGAUUGUAAAGUCAAACAGAAGAGGGAGAAAAUCUGUUGAUACAGCAGUAAAUGUUGAAAGAGAAAAUAUUACCAGGAAAACGAGGACUAGUCUUCCUGCUGUUUUGGAAGAAAGUAAACCAGAAACUAGUCAAAAAUCAGGUGAGACAAAAGAUGGUCAAAGUGUUGAUGAAAAACACAGUGUAAUUAAAAGUAAGGGAAAGGGUAGAAAAAAUAUGAAAGGAAAAAGUAAAACUGGGGGACAAGAAGAAAUUGAAAAUAAGCAAAUAGAUGAUUCUGAACAUGAUUUAAAACAUAUGAGUAAGCAAGUAGAGAGUGAUUUGAGCAAUGCUAAUGAAGGUAUCACAAAUGAUAAUUUAAGAGACAAUAAAGAUUCAAAACAAACUUCAGAAACUGAACCUUCUGAUGUGCUUGAGCAUGAAGAGAAUAGGACUAAUAGGCAAACUAGGACAAAUGUGCAAGUUAAGAAAACUAGAAAUUUGAAAGAAACAAAAAGUGAUACCACAAACAAUGAUACAGAGGCUAGUGAAGGGCACAGUACUAGAUCUAAUAGAACUAGCAGAAAGAAAGAGACAAUUGAUGCAGAUGAUAAAGAAGUUGAUCAUUUGAAAAAAAAGAGAAAUCUUGAUCAUGUUAAAGCAGAUGGUGAUAAGAGUGAACCUAGUCCUCAGACAUUAUCUAGAACAAGAACUAGAAAAACUGGAUCUGUCGGUAAUGAUCCAAGUGAAACAAAACAUGAUUUGGAGACAGAGGAUGUGGUGAAAAAUAAGACUAAAGGAAAAGUUGGAAAAGGUAAUAAGUCUGAAAGUAAUAAAAGUGAAACUACUGAUAAUAAUUCUAGUGAAACUAAGCAGGAUAUAGUGCUUGAGGAAGCUGUAAAGACGGACAAUAAAUGUAAGGUUAAAAGUAAAGUAGGCAAAGGUAGUAAGGGAAAAGAUGAAAAAGAUAAAACUGUUACAAGCAAUUCAAUGAAAAGUAAACAUGAUGAAGAGGAAGAGGAAUCGGAACAAACAGAUAUUGCACAUAAAGGUGUAACAGGAAAGGGUGGUAAGGGAAAAGGUAAAAAAGUUGAACCUGAAACAGUUGAACAGAAAGUUAAAUUAGAACAGAUUAAAGAGGAUGUGAAUGAUGAAAGUAAGGGACCGACCAGGAGUAAAAGGGGUAGGGCUAAUAAGGCUGUACCAAAGGAAGAAAAAGAAGAGGAAACUUCCAUUGAAAAUAAUAACACAAGCAGAUCACAAAGAUUAAAGAGAAAAGAGUCUGCAAGCAGUCCAAAUGAUUCCCAAGAGAGUGAUCUAGGAGAAACUCCAGCUAAAAGACAAAAGAAGAAGACCGACAAUCAUGGUACCACUCCUAAACCUACAGGAAAACAGGCUUCCGCUGUAAGUACACCCAGGGGUGCAUCAACCAAGCAGUUGGAGACCAGUGUUACUCAUUCACCAACAUUGAGGAAGACAACAGUUGAGGGGAGCAAGCCGAAGGUUAUGUUUACUGGAGUAGUAGAUGAACAAGGAGAAAAGAUUGUAAAGGAGUUAGGAGGAGAAUUAGUGAGUUCUGUUACUGAUUGUACUCACCUGGUUACAGAUCAGGUGAGAAGAACUGUGAAGUUUCUGUGUUGCUUGUCCAGAGGAGGACCUAUAGUAUCCCCACAAUGGCUUAUGUCCAGCAAAGCAAGUGGCUUUUUUCUUGAUCCAGCCCCAUUUCUGGUGAAAGAUGAUGCUUCAGAAAGAAAAUACAAGUUUUGUCUGGCUCAGUCUAUAGAGAAGGCACAGAAAGAUCGCUUGUUCAGGGGAUACACCUUCAAAAUUACCCAGUCUGUUAAACCUGAACCACAACAUAUGAAAGAUAUUUUGAAGUGUGCUGGAGCAACAAAGUUUGUAGACAAGAUGCCAGACAAGCCUUAUCCACCUUUGACUGUAGUUAUCUCAUGUCCGGAUGACCAAGCUCAGUGUGAACCAGCCUAUAAAGUUGGCAUACCAGUCAUGACAGCAGAAUUUGUCCUUACAGGAAUACUGAGACAGGAAGUGGAUUUGCGAUUAUUCCAACUUGAAAAGAAAGAAAAUGGAAACAAAAGACAGGCAAAUACCUUAAGCCAAGAGACAACAAAGAAGAGGAAGAGAUGAAUAACAGAUUCGACUUGGUGCAAUUAGAUUUUCAGACAGGGACCAUAUUUGAAAUACAGACUAAACUAUGACUAAAUUUUUAUUACACAGCUUGUGCAGAGUGAUUAUAGUUACAAAUGUCUGUUAGAACACAUUCUGUGACAAAAUGGAUCAUGUACAUGUUUAUGUUUAUGCUGGGAUCACACUGUGCCUAAUGGUUUAACCUGCACUAGUAGUCUAAAUUUAUUACUUCAUUCAUUCAUAAAAGCGCCUUGUGACAUUAAUUUUUUUCGUUUAUCGUUACUUAUAAAGUUAUUUAUUUAUACAUACAGACAGAAGCUUACAGGAAAUAAUUUUUUCAUAUUUUAAGGCAUUCAAUAUCUAGCAUGUGACCAGUUUUAUCAUACCAUUGAUCUGGUUGCUGAAGAUUUUAGGAGAAACAAGGAUUAACAGAACCGUCAUAUUUAGCUAUACUCUUUGUUUUAUUACUGAUUGGACAUUAACUUUACUUUGAUUUGUUCUCUUGAUAUUUUAGCAGUAUUCUUACUGAAUCACAACAUUAAUUCAUUACAAAGUUCUUUCAGAUUGAUGGAGUUCAUGCUUUUGGUUAAAAGCACUUUAGGUUUAAAAGGGAAAUAUCCUUUCUUGGUGGCCUGCAUGUUAUGACAGAGCUUGUCUUCAAGAUAAUAUCAGAAAUGUUUCCUAAAUUUUGUGGAUACAGAAGCCUUAAUGUCAUUAUAUUUCCAAUUUCUUUUUAUGGAGAACUAAUACAUGGAUAUAAAUUUCUCUCGGCAACUCAAAGCAGCUGGGCUAGUAACUUCCAAAGUUUAGUAGCCGAACCUGAAACUUAGGCCCCAACUAUAUGACAAACAACAUUACACUAUUCCUAAUGUAUACUUUAUUUUUGAAUGAUGCAAAAAUGUUCUGUAAUCAAUAGAAUUAUAUUACAAUUAUUCUAAAAUGACCCUUUUAUAUCAUCAAACAAAUUAUUUUUGCCAUUAUGCUUAAUAAAUAUCAAUUUUUGGGAAAAUUUACUGUUUGGGAUAUCAGUAUUGAAAUAGGUCCACAUAAUUACUGUAUGCCUAGAACAGAGGCUGUAUUAUCAGGAAGCCUGUUACAGUAAGUGCAGCCAUGCAUUAACAUGGACCACAUAAUUAUGAAAAUGUUCUAUUUUUCCAGGAAAGCCUUCCAUUGCAACUUUGAUUUUACAUGAUAUUGUUGUUCAUCAGAGUGAUCAGACUUUGAUACUUUGCAUUCAAUUCACACCUUUGGAAAUGAUACACGCCAGAACCUUUACAUAGGCACAGCCACUAGAUGUUGAGUAAAUUAUGUGCCAAGUAUACCGAUUGGUUGCAUAGUAUACCAGAUGUAUCAGUAAUUUUUAUUGGCCGACCAGGUCACACAUAAAAGAUAAAGUUUAAAAAUAGAGUAAUAGGAAAUUCCAAUAUAUUACAGUUGGCUGGCUGGGCGAUUUUUUCGAAGAUUGACUCGUUCAGCUCAAAACACUAUUGCAGUGGGAAACUGGGCAAGUGUUAAUUUAUAUCCCUGUAAUAGUUGCAAUUUAUUGAGUUGUCACAAGUUCAUCUUCCCUAUCUUCAUUAAAGUCAGUUGUGAACACCCAUCUACUUGGUCAUCUAUCUAUCCGUCCGUCCAUGCAUUAGGCCAGUUAACCAUCUGGCUAACCAUCUGUUAACAUUUAAUGUCCAUAUAUGUCAACUAUUCACACAAGUUUUCGGUUAAACAGUCAUCUGUCUGUCCACAUUUUAACUUGUGGAAUUUUUAGUCGAAACAGCAUGAACCAGAAAUGCAUUUUAUUUCUAGGCUUUUUAAUUCCUAUUUUAGCAUUUGGUUAAUAUUUUUGUUUUACUGUUGUAUUUUUAUUGGUCACAUUUCAUGUAGACAUUUUUUAAUAAAAUGCCUGAUCUUA